AUGAUAACAGCAAACAAUGCUUCUUCUUCUUCUCCUGCGGAUGUGAAUAAUGCCACUUCUGUCGCUGUUUCAUCAGCUUCUAAACAAAUGCAUUCGGCUUUUGAGAGUUCUGCGAUUGUUAACAAGUCACCCUCACUUACUCCAGCUGAGGCGAACAAUAAUGAUACUUCGGAUGCUUUGCCGUCGGUUUCUCAACAAAUGCGAACUGCAUUAUCAGCUAAUAUGAUUACAGCAAACAGUGCUUCUUCAUAUUCUCCUGCUGACGUGAAUAAUGCCACUUCUGUCGCUGUGUCAUCAACUUCUAAACAAAUGCCGACUGCGUUAUCAACUGCAUUGGCUACGGUUACUAAUACAUCUUCACCUUCCACUGCUGUUAUAAAUGCUACUCACAAUGCUUUGCCAUCUGCAUCUAAACAACUGCCAACUGCUUCGUCAGAUAUAUUAAAUGCUUCUACCCAGCCGCAACUCGGGGCUGAUUGGAUUACUGUGCCGCGAAAGAAAGUGCCCAAGCGGAGAAAUGUCGUGGUUGGCCGUAAUGAAAAUAAUGAUCUGGGAGUAUUUUCGCGUUUUAAGUGGCUCCAUUUAUCAUCGUUCAAGCCAACGGUUUCGGAAGUCGAUAUUAUUAAUUACGUGUCGAAUCAAGUCAUCGUUGAUAAGCAACAAAUUGCCUGCUAUAAACUUGUAAAGAAGGAUACAAAUGAGACAGCACUUAAAUAUAUCAACUUCAAAUUGGGAGUUCCUGAACAU